UUCAAAAAAAUGGCUACGCGCACGUCAACUGAGCGAUUGCUCUUCCUAAUUAUUAUAGUUUUAUUAAGUUUAACGUCUCUUUCAAAAGCAAUAGGUACAAAAUACGUGACUUGUGGCUCAGUUCUGAAAUUAUUGAACGUUGCUUACCAUGUCAGACUUCAUUCCCAUGAUAUUAAAUAUGGAAGUGGCAGCGGGCAGCAGUCAGUUACUGGUACAGAGACUAAGGAGGAUGUAAAUUCUCAUUGGAUGGUGAAGGGGGUCACUGGGAAAUAUUGCACUCGAGGGGAGCCAAUAGCAUGCGGAGAUGUGAUAAGACUGGAACAUGUUCCUACGAAGAAGAAUCUCCAUUCUCAUCACGUAAGUUCUCCUCUCAGUGGAAAACAAGAGGUUUCAGCGUAUGGAGAUCAAAAAGGGGAAGGAGACUCCGGGGAUCAUUGGAGUGUAAUUUGUGACUCUGAUUAUUGGGAACGCAAUAAGUCCGUUAUGCUGCACCACGUAGAUACCAAAACAUUUUUAGCGGCGAGUGGAAGAACCUAUGGAUCUCCAAUAGCUGGCCAAAUGGAAAUAGUUGGUGACAGCUCAUCUGGGAGUGAUUAUACUCGAUGGCAAGUAGUGGAUGGUCUCUUUAUCCAUACCCAGGAUCUCAAGAGUCUUCAUCAUCCCCAUACAGAGCUCUGAUUAUUUCAGGCUCGUGGUACUUUCAUAAAGCAUACCACAUUCUCAAUCUUCGCCAAUAAUCGAGUCAAGUUUGUCUCAGUUGUAUAUAAUAUUUAUUCCAUUGUAUUAAAUGUGGUAUUACUUGAUGAUUAUCUUGUAGGAAUGCCAAAGGGAUUAAGACGUCACUCGAAAAAUAAUUAAGCAUUAUAUCUUUUCAAAUUUUGUAUUACAUAUGAUAUACAAGACGAUGAAUAAAUGCGUGUGAUUGAAGCAAUUCGUUGAAUCGAGUUGUAAAUCAUAAGAAUGGAAUAAAAAUCA